AUGUCUUGGAACGACGGCGGCGGUGGCGGCGCCGGCAACAGCUUUGGUGGCGGCGGCGCUUCUGGUGCCUUUGACGGUGGCUACGGUGACAGCUUCGGUGGCGCUGAGGGUGUUGGAGGAGGCGGCGGCGACCGUGCCUGCUUCAACUGCGGUGAGCCUGGCCACAACAAGGCCGAGUGCCCCAAGCCCCCUGCGCCGGUCGAGUGUCGCUACUGUCACAAGGAGGGCCACUUCGCCAAAGACUGCCCCGAUAAGGGUCCUGCCCGCUGCGGCAACUGCAAGAAGGAGGGCCACUUCAUCGCUGAGUGUCCGGAUCCUCUGGUCUGCCCUCGCUGCAAGGGUUCCCACAUGCUCAGGGAGUGUCCGGAGCCCAUGAAGUGCUACCACUGCGAGGGUGAGCACAUGGCCAAGGAGUGCCCCGUCUAUGUCGCUACCUGCAAGAACUGCGAGGAGACCGGCCACACUGCUGCCGAGUGCCAGAACGCUCGCAAGGUCGACCGCAGCCACCUUCCCGACAUGACCGGUGAGGAGGCCUGGAAGCUCCUGGAGCAGGCCAUCAAUGACAGGGACAUGGACGAGGUCAAGGAGAAGAUCCAGAUCUACGCCAAGGCUCAGCCAACCACCACCUUUGUCGAGAUCGAGAAGGCCCUCCGUUCUCAGGGCUAUGGCCUUUACCUCAUCCCCAAGGAGCGUGCGAACCUGUCCAUCACCUUGACCAACAUGGACCUCCAGGGUAACCUAAACAAGAAGUACACUGUGAACUACCGCUUCUCCGACAAGCCCCUUCGCCAGUCUGAGCGAGAGGGUUGGCCUGAGAACCACGAGGUCGUGAUGCAGCGGCUGGCUGAGGCUGGCGACGUUGUCCCUUGGGUUGGCAAGCCCAAGUGUGGCAACUGCGAGAAGCUUGGACACGUCCGCAAGGACUGCCCUGGGGAGCAGCUGGAACCCGACAAGACCGUCGUCAAGUGCUACAACUGUGACCAGGAGGGUCACCGUGUCCGCGACUGUCCUACUCCUCGUGUUGACAAGUUCGCCUGUAAGAACUGCGGAAAGGGUGGCCACAAGGCUGCUGACUGCACCGAGCCCCGUGAUGCUUCCAAUGUGGAGUGCCGCAAGUGCAACGAGGUCGGACACUUCUCCAAGGAUUGCCCCACCGGUGGUGGCUCUCGUGGCUGCCGCAACUGUGGUGAGGAGGGUCACUUGGCCAAGGAGUGCGACAAGCCUCGAGACAUGUCCAAGGUCCAGUGCCGCAACUGCGACGACUAUGGACACACCAGCCGCGAGUGCCCGAAGCCUCGUGACUAUUCCCGGGUCCAGUGCCAGAACUGUCAGGAGUAUGGCCACACCAAGGUCCGCUGCACCAAGCCUCACGUUGACGAGGACAGCGGAGCUGGUGCCGACGGCGGCGGCUUCGAUUCUAUCGACGCCCCUGCUGACGCCCCUGCUGACGGUGGUGAUGGCGGUGGCGACUGGAACGCCAACUCCGGUGGUGCUGGUGCCGACUGGAACACCGGUGGUGGUGGUUGGUAA